AUGAGGCUGGUUUUCCCUCUGUUUCGCUCGUAUCGCAUGCUCUGUGAACUGAUCAGUUACAAGUUUCGGGUCAGCAUGAGAUGUGAAUGUGUUGGCAUCAUAUGCAAAUAUCAGAACAGUGAUGGUGACGUGUUUUACAUGCAUGUGCCGGCAAAUAAAACCGGUUUGGUCAUCGGCAAAGGCGGAGAGACAAUAAAGCAGAUUGCUUCUGAGAGUGGUGCUCGAGUAGAACUUUCUAGAGAUCCGGCUCCGAAUGACCGCGAAAAGGUCUUCAUUAUAAAAGGCACUCCUCAGCAGAUUCAUCAUGCCUCCCAUCUGAUCAGAAUUCGGGUCGGGGACGUAUGA